AUGGAAAAAAAACGCUAUAACAUUUUGGGUUUUAUAUCAGCCGGUACGUACGGAAAGGUCUACAAAGCUACCGCCAAAGAUUCAAAGCAACCGGGGAUAUUUGCCAUAAAACGGUUUAAGCCCGAAUCUAAAUUUUCCAACGGACAGAAUGUUACAAACGGCAUUUCUCAGAGUGCCAUACGAGAGAUAAGUCUAUGUCGUGAGUUGCAUCAUGAAAACAUUGUAAAUUUAGUGGACGUGAUGAUCGAUGGCACCAAUAUUAGCAUGGUUUUUGAAUAUGCGGAGUAUGACCUACUUCAGAUCAUUCAGUUUCACUUACGUCCACGGCCACACCCCAUUCCAAAGUCCAUCAUCAAGUCUUUCACGUGGCAGAUUUUAAAUGGAAUAGCCUACCUGCACGAGAACUGGAUUCUUCACCGGGAUUUAAAGCCUGCAAACAUCCUCAUCACGGAAGAAGGCGUAGUGAAAGUCGGUGAUUUAGGUCUGGGUCGGAUUUUUCGAGAUUCCCUGCAAUCCUUGUAUGCUAGCGAUCGUGUGGUCGUCACGAUAUGGUAUCGUGCGCCAGAACUAUUGCUUGGUGCAAGGAAUUAUACUCCAGCUAUAGAUAUGUGGGCAAUUGGGUGCGUAUUUGCAGAAAUACUCGCACUUGGACCGCUGUUCAAAGGAGAGGAAAUGAAAAUGGAGACGAAAAAAGUUGUCCCUUUUCAAAAAAAUCAAAUGUUGCGUAUUAUGGAAGUGCUGGGCACACCAACAGAGGAGCGCUGGCCGGGGCUGUCUCAAUAUCCCGAGUACCAUCAACUGGCUACCUACGAUGUGCAGUACUGGAACAAUCUAUUGCCGCAGUGGUAUCACAGCGUGAAGGCCAAUGACCCGGACGGUCUUGAUUUGCUCAUGAAACUUUUGGAGUACGAUCCCUCAAAACGUAUAUCAGCAAAAGACGCUCUUUCACACAGUUUCUUCACGCGAGACUCGAAUUGGAACAAAGUGGCUUUUAAAGACCACGAAGUUCGUUACCCCCGGCGGAGGAUUUCAGUUGAGAGCGAAGAGCCUUCAGUCAAACGUUCGGCAGCUGUUCCCUUGUAUGGGCUUUCCAAACACACAAAACUGUAA